CGCGACCAUGGAUCGUCGCGGCAGCACCCCGCGGCAGCGGCCACAGACGAGCCGGCUCAGUACCAAGAAGGAAGCCUAUCGACUGCCCGAAACGACUGCGUCGUCGUCCGCGCCCGUAGCACCGCUCGUCAAGCUCCGGUUGCCGACGCUUCUCGGUGGUCCCGCAACGACGACCGAGGAGGACUGUGGUGCUACCUCGCCGCGCGUCGCAAAGCGGCCUGUGCGCGCGAAAUCCGCGACCAUGACCCGACGUCCGCCGAGCUCGGGGCGGGUCGGUCCGCGGCCGCCGGUGCAUGCCCACCGCUUGCUCGCCGCUUCGCCUCGCGCCGCCAAUGCACAAGACGACUACUGCUCGAAUCAAGAUACCUCCCACACUAUGGCGACUGUCAGCAAACCGCCCGAGACCGAGCAACCUCCACCAACAUUGGACGCAUUCUUCAAAGCUCACUGCUUCCGCGACCGAGAAGCCUUCCGCCACAUCACGGACGCCCAUGGCCCACUCCUCGCCAAGUCUCUUUACUAUGACUCGACAACACCUUGUGAUACUGCAGUUGAUGAGGCUGCAACCUCCUGGAAAGACUGUUACGUGCUCGCAUACACCCCCGAGACUGGACGCUUUCGCAUCCGCUUCCUAGCGUCUGGCUUGGAGAAGCGCGUGCACCGCGUCAAUUUGAUGCUUCCAUCCGACAACCCCCUGGCCUUUCUCCAGCAGCGGGCUAUCUUUUUCCAGGAAAAUGCCUUGAUCCGGGACGUGUGCCGCGUCGCGUCGUCGCUCCACGACACACCUCUCGACGGCGUCCAUGUCCUGGCGCAGCACUGGAAGGAGCGCAUUGUCCAGCGUGCGAUCGGCGCGUUGCCCCGCACCAAAGCACUGCUCUCGACGCAUGGCCGUCUCUUAUCGGAUGCGCUCACCAGUGCCAGUGACGACUAUGCCGUCGCCAUGCAGAAAACGUCGCGCUUCUUCCAUCACCAGCAAGCACUCUAUCCCGUCGCCGCGGCCUACGCGGCGCAUGAAGCGACGGUCCGGACGCCGACGCCCGUGGUCAUCCCCGAGCGCAGCGCGCCAUUUUCGGUCCUGCGGCAGCAGCUGGAACAGACCUACUUGUUCGCACAGGCGUGGACGCUGCCACUGCUGAAGCAAGUGCUCACCAUGUCCGCCGCGAUCUUGCACCACGUGUCGUUCUUUUAUGACAUUCCAAGCGACUAUGACGUGAUCGCGUCACGCCCGCAGCCGCCGUUUUUGCUGCCCGACUACCUCUGUCUGCAGCACAGCACGAUGGCCAUUGCGCAAGAGACACUGCGAGUCGACUGGCGCAAGGAAAUGAUCCAGCUCAUUCAGUGCUCGGUUGAGAUUGCACCAAUCAAAGACCUCUCAGUCGUGCGCCGGUUUGUCAAGUACGUUGACUGUCUCCUCAGUCGCGACCUGACCGACCUCAUGGCGGCGUCGUCGUCGGGGUUUUGGCGCCUUCUUCUAGAGCCCCGCUGCACGCAGAUUACGCGCCAAGCGUCCGAGAUCCCCAUGUCGACGAUUCGGAAGCGCCACGUACCUCUGUACUACCGGCCACGGCUCAAGCCGCCGAUCCUCGCACUUACCCUCAUUUUGCACGCGGUACCGGGUUCAUCGCGAGCCGUGACGCUGCAGCCGUCACUGGACGAGGUCGAAGCCGCGAUCGUCGAGCUCAUUGGUACGACGACGACAUCUUUCUUGCAGCAAGUGCGUAUCGAGAGCGCGCUCAUACCCGACGUCGCGCCAUUGCCGCUGCUCCACGCGGGACGGGCGACCGAGGUGCAGCGUGCGAUGGCCGAGACCACGAGCAUCAUGCGGCGCCUCUUUGUCGAGCCCUUGGCGCUCGUGCAGCGAUAUCAAGCCUUUGUGUUGGACUUGGACUCGCGCAUUUGUCGUUUGCAGUCGCAGCUUGGCGCUGACCAGAGUGUCUUCUUGCACGACGACAUUUUUCAUGCCAUACUAGACCAGCUGGCUUGGUUCACAACGACGCUGGCGACGGUCUCUGUCUCGUCGUUUGACGGCGAAGCGUUUGGGCUCCUCCAAGUCGACUCGCGGCAUCUCAAACAAGUGUUGUACGACCAAGUCCAUCAUGUGGUCCAGACGACGCUGCAUGCGCUGGCGGCCAACUGCCACAUCCGCGAAGGCAGCAUUACGUCGGCGUUCGAGGUGGAUUUGACCAAACUCACGACGGUCCCCAAGACCGAAGUCGACGUCGAAGCGCAGUGCAACUACAUCCACGACCUCCUUGGCUCUGUGCACGAACGCCGGCUCGCUGUGCACACGAUCGACGGCCGGCUCGAUGCGAUCGCGGGCCUCGGUGUCCGCGUGCACAUAGCGUUGCACAAGGCGAUCUGGGCGCGGCACUGGACGCUCCAGCAGUGGCCGCAGCGGCUCCAUGUGGCCGCGUUGCGUGCGAGCGAAAUCUGCGACUGGAAAAAGCUCCAGCUCACGGAGGGGCUCUCCAAAGAGAAGCGCCGGUUCGAAUCCGACAUUGCCGAAUUACGCAACGACAUCGCAAGCUUUCUCGAGUCGGCGGUCUGGGCACGCGAGAAGCUCGAUGCGGUCGCUGACCGCGCCCACACGCUUCUCGAGCGCGCGGAAACCGCGGUCGCCCAAGUGCACGCCUUCAUUGCGCGCGAAAAGACAUUUGGCAGUCCGCUCUCCAAAGACGUGGAAGUGACGUCGCUUCUGAUGCGCAUCUCGCCGUACGCUCGGUUUUGGUCCAUGGCCGCCGAGCUCGUCACGUCGACGCACGUCUGGAGCAAGACCCCGUUCAGUGUCCUGAACGGCGCCGACGUUGUCGCCAAGGUGGACGCGUGGCGGGCGCAAAUGGCGGGCGCUCGCUUUGAGUUUCAAGCCAAUCCGCGCAUCAUGGCGUCCCUUGACGGGCUCGCCACCGAGCUUGAUGCCUUCAGCGUCGGUGUCCCCGUGGUCGCAAUGGUCGCGUCGGGCAGCAUGAAGCCGCGCCACUGGGUGCAGAUCGUGUCGCUUCUCCCUCGGCACCACGCGGUGACCGGCGUCGCCCAGGAAAAGCUCCUCUUCACGCUCGAAGACCUCGUCGACGAUGGUAUUCUGUCGGUGCUUUCGGCCACCGAGAGUGUGCACAACACAGCGAUCGCAGAGUUUCGCCUCGAGACGACCUUUCUGGGCCUGCGCCGGUCAUGGGCCCGGCCCCUCUUUGCCCUCGACCGGUAUGCACUCAAGGACACGUUUGUGAUUACCAAUUUCUCCGAGCUGCUCGCGGAAGUCGACGACCAGCGCCUCACGCUGCAUGGGUUGGUGGCGUCGCCGCACGUGACGUCGUUGCUGCACGACGUACUCCAGUGGCAAGACAAACUCCACUUUGCAUGCGAGCUCUUGACGCUCUGGCACGCCGUUCAGUGUCGGUGGCGCGCCGUCGAGGGCUUUUUCUAUCGCGUGACCGACACGGACAUUGGUCGGGAUGUCGCUACGAUGGAGAAGAUCUGGCGCAGUCUCUCGAACAUCGUGCGCGGCCAGCCCAGCGUCGCCCGCAUUGUCGACUCGGACAACAUCAAGGAACCUCUGGAGAAAUGCUGGCGCAUCCUCGAGCAUGCCACCAAGGCGAUUAGCGCAGUCUUGGAGCUGCAGCGCGAGGCAUUUCCCAAGCUUUGGCUUCUUCCCGACGACACCCUCCGGGAUCUUCUCGUAGCAAAAGAUCUGGCAUCGCUCGUACCGUGUCUCCAAGGACUCUACGACGGUCUGUGCAAUCUCGAAUCGAACGAAAGUGGCAGCAUGACGCGCUUGGGUCUCCAUGGCGACGAUGGUUUUUCAUUCUCGGCUCCGAUACCGUGGCAGUGGCCAGUCGCCGAAGGUUGGUUUGAGCAUCUUGGUGCACAGCUCCACAGUCUCGACAAGGCGAUCCACACUGCGGUUCAUGACGCAAUGACCGCCGCGUUUGCAUCCGCUGACGCGCUCGUCUCUGUCGCGCCAGUGCUGACCACGGUCCCGCUGCAAGUUGCAGUGGCCACAUUGCACUUUGCGUGGACACAGUGCAUGACGCGCGCCAUUGACGCGGGUGGUGCCACGGACGACGUCCAUCGCGCGCUCCAGACGUUGACCAAGGAGUUGCUCGCUUUGUUGCGGACGUGUCCGCUCAAGAUGGCCGUGCUACUCACCGACGUCAGUGCGCUCACAGAUGUCACAACCAAGCUCCAUGGCGCCACCAACGACCAUUUUAUUUGGCAAGCGUAUCCCAAGCACCACCAAACCACGUCGGGCGAGUACGUGCUCGACGUGCUGCAGACGUCAGUGGCCUACCGCCACGACGUUGUGUGCCACCACCGCCCGCGGAGUGCCUAUACGACCGAGAAGGCAGUGUUCGGGCUCUUUCUAGCGCUGCGACACGGCCGUGGACUACUGUUGCAAGGGGAUGCCGCCACCGCUACGGCACGGGACCUUGCUUGUCUUGUCGGCACGACACUGGCGCUAUAUACGGCAACACCCGCGGCAUCGUCGUGGCGUCACCUCGGGCGGCUGCUCCUUGGCGCUGCGAGCACGGGGAGCUGGCUCUAUAUCACGGAUCUGCACGCGCUGGCGGCGCCAGUCGUCGCCAAGCUGGCGCACGCCGUGCUGCAACAGUCGGUGGCGCGCCGCGCUGUGGACGGACGGUCUGCAAACGUGCACCCGCACUUUGUGUUGCUCGCAUCCGUCUCGGCCCCAAUGUCGACGGCAUCGACGCUCUCUGCGCUCUUUGUGCCGUGUGCUCUCAUACCGCUCCCUGCGCCUAUGGCGACGAAGCGCGCGUUGUUUGCCCACGGGUUUCAGCACUAUGAAGCGCUGAGUGCGUGGAUCGGCGUGUUUUUAGAUGGACUACGGGUCGCCAAGGUGCUCGUGGCCGAGAUCACGCUCGCGCCGUGGCGUCUGGCGCAAAGCGCUGCGUCGCAUUGGUCAGAGAUCUCGACGCUGGAAGCAGAGGGCGACGCCGUCUUUGCUGCCCUUGAGCGCAUCGUGAUGGCCCGCCUGUCCAUGGCUGAUGCUGUCGUGGCUCUGCAGCUGCUCCGACGGCUUGCACCAGUGCCGUCCUUGGCGCACAGUGACGCCGCCGUCGAGUACAUGGCGAGCAAGAUGACCCAGCUGCAGGAGACGACGUCAGCAUUCCUCUGCUCGAUCCUCUUUGGGGCGCCUGUUGUCGGCAAGUCGACGCUCUUGGCUGCUGCCGCCCACGGACAAUACGACAUUGUUCGGCUGUUCCCCGCUGAGGCGUCGACCUCCCUUCUCGAACCGUUUUACGGCGCCGGCCUCCAGAGUUCCUGGCUCCACGACGUUGUGACCAAAGCAACUGUCACCGGAAGGCGCUGGAUCAUUCUCGACGGACCCUGCGACGCCCGCCUCCUCGACACCGUCAUGGCGUUUCUCAACGACUAUCAGCGCGUGUCGCUCGAGGCAAGUGCAGUGCAUCGGCCGUGGCGCAUUGUGCUGGAAACAGACGUCGUCGCCGGUCUUUCUCCGUCCACGGCGCCGUCGAUCGGCCAAAUCCACCUUGAUGCCACCGGGUUCAGUUGGCGUCACGUGCUCGACAACUGGCUGCAACGACUGCCGCCGUCGAUCGCCCGGUCGCACGGCAAGACACUACAAGAUCUCGGGUUCUGGAUCCUCCCGCUCGCGUGCGCGGUGCUGCCGCCUAAGCAUCCGAUGGCGGUGGCGUCGGCUCACACGAUGGUGUCCCUGCUCUCGCUUGUCGAUGCGCUCGUCGCGAACGGCGGGUGGCCAACCAAUUCGACGGCCAUUGCGCCACUGCUAGAAGGGUGUUUUGUGUUUGGCUUGAUUUGGUGCGCCGGCGCCGCCUUGUCGCCCGCCCACAAGGAGACAUUCAACGACCUCCUUCGGCGCGCGGUUGUUGGGGAUCUCCCGCAUCACUACCGAGUGCUUGCGGCGCCGAUACCAAGCGAAAAGAGUGUCUUUGACUAUAUGUUUGACGUCGCCGUUGGGCGCUGGGUGCCGUGGCCGACUGCGACGGUGACUGUCGAUUCCACGGCCAUCGGUGUCGUCGGCGCGGCGUCGGUGCGCACCGCCUUCUUCAUCAAAGUAUGGCGCCCGAGCUAUCGCCCGAUCUUGCUCACAGGCCCGUCGUGCAGUGGCAAGUCCUACCUCUUGCGACAUGUGUACCGUUCCGACAACUCGCAGCACUACAUUCCAUGCGCGGCGGCCAUGCCCAACCUCAAGCGCCACAUUGCGUCCAAGCUAGGGUGGGUCGGAGAGCGGACACUCGGUCAUCUCCAGGGCCUUGACCACUACGUUAUCCUGGACGACUUGCACGUUGCUUGCACCGGCGUCGACUGCGUCCGUGAACUCGUCGAGACGCAGCGUUGGCGGUUUGAUUCGGGAGACAUUCGGCUUCGCCAUGUCUGGUUUGUCGGCGCCAUGCGCAGCGACGACACUCGAUCGACGUCUCAACGGCUCCUUCGCCAUUUCUUCCACAUUGCGCUCGACCCAUUGACGCCCGACGGGAUCUUUGCCGUCUGUGCGACCUCGGCCACGCCGGUGCUUGCGCCACCGGUGCGCGAUACCGUGCUGCGCGCAACGUCCGCGCUUGUACUCGACUUGCUCGAGCACCCGGCGACACUACAUCUUGGCUGGAAUGUGCUGCAAAAAGGCCUCGACAUCCUUCGUAUCGUCGGGACGCUGCCGCCCUCGACCUAUGCGAAUUUAGGGCUGAGCAUGCUCUGGGCCCACGAAGCCUCCCGCGAGUUUGAAGACGCGCUUCGGGCCACCGCCGACAUUACCCGAUUCCGAGCGAGCCUGAUUGCUGCCUUGGCGGUUGGGUUUGGCCCAUCUUCGGUCGCCCAACUCGAGUCGACGAGCCGCUUGAACGGGUUGGUAUUUUGCCCCAACGCCCGCCAACCAUCGCAGUACGACGAGAUCUACCGACCGCAGUAUGUCGCCGAGUGUCUCAGCGCGUGGCGCCUCGCGACCAAGUACCCGUCCACCGUACAUGCGUCUCGAGCCGUAAUCGCGUGUCUCGCCAAGCUCCUUCGCGUGCUUACGCUGCCACUCGGCGUCGGCCCGUACGUGUUGAUCUUUUUCCAGCACUCGGCCGGGAGGCACGACACACCGCGUCAAGUGGCCGCCAUCGCGGGCAUGGCCAGCGCGAUCGUUGGUCUUGAGUAUUGUGAGGCGACAUCGACCAGCAUCGGGACGCCCGCAAGCCGCCGCCUCGUCUAUGUCCCACCGUCGGUUGACGCCAGUGCCGUCGUUGCCACCGUGCUCGACGCGAUCCGACAUGGUGAUGGGACAGACACCCCAACGCAUACCACGUUUCUCGUACUACCUAUGGAAGCGAACGGCGACGACGAUGUACGCACCUUGUACCCGAUGCUCGUCAGCGCCCCUUUCCUCUUUCAAUACGCCCACAUUGUGUGGUUGGACGACGACGGCGGUGACUGCUUUGACGGCAACGCGGCUGCUAUUGUCGCCCGGACGACGCUGGCACCGACCAUGUCGCGGCACGCGCGGUCGGACGCUCUCAUUGCAGUCUGCGGCGAAGUCCAAGCGCAUGUCGAGCGCGCACUGCGUCACGCUGGCGCGUCGACACGCCUCGCAUCCCUUUCCAAGUAUGCGUUUCCCGAGGCCGUCGAGACUCUCUUGUCCGAGCACACGGCGCGGUGGCUAAGCAAGGAACGCAUCUGGACGCAGGCGCUGGUCCAAGCAUCGAUCCUCACAAACAACAUUCAUGCGCUAGCCACCGCGACGGAGCACCUCUUGUCGACGCUGGGACGUUUAGAAGCUCGGCGAACGGAGUGCAUUAGUGAUCUCAUGGCGCGGACCGCCGCGGCCAAGCAGCUCGACGACCAUUUGGACGCUCAUGUGGCCAGCGCCGCAUCGACCGCCGAGGCGUGUGCGCGCCGACUCGCCGAGCUGACCGCGGCGCUGGCACCAUUCGAAGCCAGUGCCAACGCGUGCGGCGUGCUCGUGCUCGACUUGCCCCACGACGACAUCUUGGAUGAAGCCAAGCCGGCGCGGCUGCACGGCCAUUGGAGUCAACUCCACGUCGUGUUGCAAGAGCUGCUGUCGCACGGCCGCGGGCGACGCCGCCAGAGCACCGUGCAAGGCGCGGCAUCCGUCGAUGGCCGCAGCGGCAGUGUCCGCGACCUCGUGCGUAACCUGCUCCAAGUGUCGAUGGAGCGAAUGGCCCACACUUCGAUCCUCAGUGCGCGCCAAUGGCGGCUCUCGAUCGCCGAUGCCAAAGUGUUUCCGACGCUGCAAGUCGUCCUCGACUACCUCGACGCGCUCUUAGCGUGGGCCAAGGUCUUGUACGACAAGCGGCGUGUCUCGACGCAGCUCGUCGACGACCGCCACCGCCUCCAGGUGAUGGAGCUGGCCACGCCGCAACAUCGCGUGGCACAGCUCCAAGUGCGCAGCGAGCUUGGCAUGGCGAGCGCGGAUGUCGAAGCCCACGACAUCGAGAUGCGGGCCGCCGAAGCGCAGCUCACUGCACUCCGAGCCAAGCGCGCCUACGAAGAGGCCGUUCGGCGCCGCCUCGACGCGUCCAUGGUACGCACCCAGGACCAGUUGGCGUCGGUGCCCGUCGUUCUCGGCGCGCGCUUGCCCGGUGCGUGUGUCUUGGCGGCCACGAUUCGUGUCUAUCUGGCGUCGUGCGCGAGUUGCUUGCGGACUUCUGUGCUCGAGUACGUGACACGUCACCUUGAAACGAUUCACUUUGCGUGCUCGGUGGACGAGAUGUUGUCGCUCUUGUUUGAAGAGCGGACGCUACUACCACGCUGGCGCCUCCACGGGCUGCCGCUGACACACUCAUUUACUGCCGCUGCCUUUGCCAUCGCGUCGAGUACCAAGCCCGUACUUCUCGUAGACGGCAAUGGCAUUGGCGAAGCCUGGCUCACGUCCUUGUACGGGGACAACCUCCUUAUUUGCGACGCGACCGAAACAAACCUCUCGCGCGCCACGACGCGCGCACUCCAGACGCGCAAGAAGCUCCUUGUUCGCAACGUCGAAGCCGAUUUGCGCUCGGUCCUUUCCAAAUUCGCCCACGUUAGUGGACAAGUGUACGUGGAUGGCAAAAUCCACGCCGUCCACGCCGAGUGGCGCGUGUAUAUCCAGACGCCAUUUGUGUCGGGCACGCAAUGGGACGAGGCCAUCUACCAGGCUAUGGACGUCGUGGAUGUUUGCUUGGGCCCGAACGACGCGCCCAGCUACUUUCAGUCGCUCGUGGCGACGCUAUGGGAUGAGAGCGACCAUCUUCGCGUCAAAGCCAGUUGGCUCACCUACUAUGACGCGCCCAGCAUCGACGACGCGCUUCUGCCUGCGCUCGCCGCCAACGCAUCACUCGACGACGUGUGGCAUUGGCUCCAAGCCGACGAAGUGCCAGAGCCGCCCCCCGCAGGCUUGGCGCCAUCCACAACGUCGUACAUGGAGAGCCUUCUUCCGACGCUACUCUUCCUCUUUGAUGCCUCGUAUUAUCUGUUGGCGGUCAAUUGCAACUACGCCGUGUACUGGAGUGUAGCCUCAAUCGCCCGGCUUGUCGAGGCCGCCAAACACCGAUGGCAAGUCGACACGCUUCGCGCUGAAGAGUCCAAGCGGGAUCUGCUCUCGCUGGCGCGCCCGGGCUUGACGCAGGCGUUCACAAAGCGGCAGUUGCUCAAGCGCGCCCAGACGCGCACCCAGCGGUUCCGAGAUCACACCGAACCACGCGACGUAGCCGACCUACACGCGCAUGUGCUGCAGUCCAUUGCGACCGUCGAUGCCAUCGUCUCGAACGACGACGCGAUGACGUGGCGCUUUCUCCUGGCGAUAACGUCCACCCGGCAGUUUGCACCGUCGUUGCAGCUCUCGGAUGCCCUGCUGAGUGACAUGGCGCGUAUUUGGCGUGGCGAAGUGCCAUGGAUCUCGAGCGUCGACGCGCUGCGCAAGCCCGCGUCAAUGGAGAAACGGACGUGGGCGAUCGUGGUGACGCUCUCGCAACACGAAGGGCUACGCGAUUUGGUCACGAGCGCACCAAGUGCGACGGAGGAUGCCAACCCGAUAUACAGUGCGUGGCAUCGCGUCGUGCAGGCGACGUGCUGUCUGUCCCAAAAUGAACUGCAUGCUGCGAUCGCGCACUUUACGGCGGUCGCGCUGGCACCGCAUGGUCUUCCGCCACUGCCGUUGCCAUAUACAAUGACCCAAACCGUGCUCCAAGCCGCACUGGAAGCGACCGACAGUAGCACACCCAUUCUUCUCUUUGUUGACGCCGCGCCGUCGGCAGUCGUGACCCUCUCGGAGCUCGGUGCACCGCUCUCGCUCUUGGCGGUCGACGAGCCGCCCGACGUGGUGCGGGAUGCGCUCGCACAAGCUGCUGCGUCCGACCGCUUAGCACUCGUGUUGCUGCACAAGCUUCUGAGCCACCUCCCGUCGCUCAGCCUCGCGUGGCAAGAGCAGCGCGACCAAGACAAGACUAGCGAGAAGCACCGUCUCAUGCUCUGUUCGUCGAUUCAUGACCCGAUGAGCAAGGCCGUUUUGGCGUGCCACGCGCACAAGCGAUAUUUGCGACCAGUGGUAUCGCUGGCCGACGCGCUCGGCGCCCACCCGUCGCCGACCACCGAUGACGACAACGACACGGUUCGUGUGCGACUUUGCACUCUUCACGUCGUGCUACUGCGCCAACAACACGUCUUCUUCGCCCCCGUCGUCCCAGUGGACGCAUCGGCGCUGGCCAUGGCCAUGCGUGACGUACUCGCCGCUCCACCAAAUACCUCGAGUGCAACGCGGUUUGCGAUUGGAGUCGCUGUCUACCACAGCUACGUUCCGGACGCGGACCGGCUGCAGGUCAUCUGUGACUGGCUGCAAUGCAGCGAGGGUCGUGGCAUCGACGAGUCCGAGGUACCGACACCCGGUGCUGCGUUUUCAAACACCCAGCGCGGGCUCGUCGAGGUGUAUGGAGACACGCUACGGCACGUGUGUCCGCCUCUCGAGCGCAACGACGAGGCCAGUGUCAAGGAGCUCCAGAGCCUCUCGCACGCCAUCUCACUGCACUAUACAUUCCACGAUGUCCUUAGUCUUGCCACGUGGCACGAGCACCAGCGAACGCGGAGUCCGUGGACCAAUUUUUUCUUUGCCGAAGUCGCUGCCUUUGGGGUGCUCGUUACGCGUCUGCAGCGGGAUAUCGCAACGUACCUGGCCGACGUACCGUCACAUCGAUCGACGGUGCAGCAAUUACUGGCGGGUUAUGCGUUUCCGCUGGCGUGGCGGGUGCUCCCCCGUCUCCAGCUCACUUCGGUCGAAGCAUUUGUCGCGCACAUGAAGCAGCGACGAAGAUGCCUCGAGGUGUACAAGGACGGCAGCAAUGAAUCCGAGUUUUGGCUUCCCGCGUUCGCGCGCCCCAAACGACUCGUGGAGCUUCUUUUGUACCAGCAUGUGCCCAAGCGCGCGCGCUUUGUGCUCGGCGACGAGCUCACACGCGGUGCGUCGAUUGCCGAUCGAUUCGCGCGUCGACUGCUCAAGAAGCCAAUGACCGACGAGACGCGGCACAGCACGGCGCUCACGGGCAUUCGCGCCUACAAUGCCAGCUGGCACCCGACAGCGCGGCAACUGCGCCGGCCCGAAGCUCUCGGAACCGCCUCGGACUUGCCGUCGGUUCACGUCGUGUACGUUGAUGACGACGAGAAUCGAGCGGCGCUCGUCGACCUCGUCGAGCUCCCCGUGCACCACGUCGACAGCACGAAAGACCCGAUCGUGAGCUCGGUCAUCUUGCGCGUCGUCGUACGCCUCCCUGACGACCCAAUCGACCGGGCAUGGCUCCUAGCACACGCGUUUCUGCAUGUCGGAUGACCCGCGGUUCGAGACCCAGCGAAUGUCAAGGAACACACUAGUUCAUAACCCAUUUAUCCCAGAGCCCACUAGUUCAUAACCCAUUUAUCC